UUUGCUUCCGGGUCCUGGGCUUUACCUUGCGUGCAGAGACUUCUGGGAGCCGAAAGUGGUAAUUGUGUCUGUAUGGUCUGCGGGGGCUGCCGCGUCGGACCUCGGCUAAACGUAAAAGAUGACCACAGCAGCCAGGCCAACUUUUGAACCUGCCAGAGGUGGAAGAGGAAAAGGAGAAGGUGAUUUGAGCCAACUCUCAAAGCAGUAUUCAAGCAGAGACCUACCAUCUCAUACAAAGAUAAAAUACAGACAGACAACUCAGGAUGCUCCUGAAGAGGUGCGCAACCGUGACUUCAGGAGAGAGCUGGAAGAAAGAGAGAGAGCUGCUGCAAGAGAGAAAAAUAGAGACCGUCCAACCCGAGAACAUACAACCUCCUCUUCAGUGUCCAAAAAGCCUCGGUUAGACCAGAUUCCUGCUGCCAACCUUGAUGCAGAUGACCCUCUAACAGACGAGGAAGAUGAAGAUUUUGAAGAAGAAAGUGAUGAUGAUGAUACUGCAGCUCUUCUUGCAGAACUGGAAAAAAUUAAAAAAGAAAGAGCUGAGGAGCAAGCCAGGAAGGAACAAGAGCAAAAAGCUGAAGAAGAAAGGAUUCGUAUGGAGAAUAUUCUGAGUGGAAAUCCUCUCUUAAAUCUCACUGGCCCAUCCCAGCCUCAGGCCAACUUCAAAGUUAAAAGAAGAUGGGAUGAUGACGUUGUCUUCAAGAACUGUGCAAAAGGUGUAGAUGAUCAGAAGAAAGACAAAAGAUUUGUUAAUGAUACACUGCGAUCUGAAUUUCACAAAAAGUUCAUGGAGAAAUAUAUUAAGUAGUACAGUUUUAUGUGCUUAAUUAAAGACUGUAAAAUGUGAAGGAUCAUUUUUUUCUUUUUCCUUGUCUAAAUUGUGUAUAGGUUUCCCUAAUUUUGAAUUCCAAAAUAUCUUUUUCUGUAGAGAUACCUUAUUUGAUAAUGGACUUUGGAAUAGGUUUAACCUGGUCUCCAUUCUCUAACUUUCCUAUAUUUUCUUUUUAAUAUGGGAAAAGGGAACCUACUUGUAAUAAAUGUUUGUAAUCUAAAUAACCAAUCUGUGUCCCCAACUUUUUCUUAAAGCUUAUGUAGCUUAUAAAACUUUGCUACUAAGCAAUUUAAUUUUUAUAUUGUGUUUCUUUGUGCAUUAACUUUUCCCCCCUCAUUUCUCUCACAUUGAUUUAAGGUCGAUUCACUUGUAGUAUUUUCUCUAUGUGUUCUUUAAAGGUAUGAUAAAAGACUAGAAGGAUUCCUUUUUGGACCACAUGUUGGUAUGAAAGGGUCAUCAAUCAGUAAGUGCCUCAAGUGUGUGUCUGGACUGGUACCAUGUAUCUCACUUCUGCAGGCGCCCUUUCCCCCUUGGCUGAAGAGGAGAGCUGUGUAAACAGUUCUGGGAAGCAUGUAGCACUCACCUGUGUACGCCUGGACACUCACCUGCCACGUUUCUCUGAAAGAGAACACUGACGUGCCUGAGGUGCAGAACCUGGGAAGUUUCAGAUCAAACAAUGCAUAAAAUAAAAUCUUUGGAAAUAG